AUUUCUGAUUUCACAUCAACCAAUGAUUAAUAACGGAACGGAUGUUUAUUUUGUAGUUUCGUAAAAUUCGCGUAGUGUUUCGUGUUCGUUAUGUCGAAAAUAUUAGUGUUUUUUAGUGAUUUCGUGGAAAUAAUGAAUAAAAACCAGUUGUAGUUUUUCAUAAAUGUGUUUGUUUUACUCUUCAUAACAAUCAAAUGGUCCACAAAUAUUCGUAUGGCAGUAACGAAGCUGAAACAAUCGAAGUUAGCAAUGAACAGAUAGCGGCCGGGUUACCAGUUUUAUUGCAAGUUCGUCGUGGAAGUGAAUCAGCUCUAAAUCAGUUACUUCCAGAUGCAGCGACCAACGACGCUAAUACGACCGAUUCGAGACGCUCGUCUACGAAGAGAUGGUCAGCGGCGGCGCCUAUAUCCCAAGAACCUAAAAUAUUUAAUGGCAGAAGAAGCGACGUGAUUUUGACUGUGGAUAAUGGACACAAUCAAAACUGGGUACAUUCGGAAGAAGACGAAAAUGAAAAAAGAGACAUAUUCCCACCGCGACAAGUAUCGUCCGGGUUCACGAGGGACGGUUCAAAUAGACUUUCGAUGCAGUUUUACGGAGAUACUUCAAGCGCUUACAAAUGGGCAGACGCUGCUGACCGAGCGAUUAGCAAUCGAGUUUUUUCGUUAUCGUUACCACGUGAGCAUAGAAAGAAAGAACCAUUUUCGCCGACUAAUUCAAAUACGACGACGACGUUAUCAAACGAUGGGAAAUACGGCGGCGGCAGCACCGAGUAUAUUACUUUGAAAAUGGAUGACGAAGCUUUGGGUAUUCAUGUGGUGCCGGAUUACGACCAGAAUGGCAACGAUCGGGGCUUACUCGUACAGCGCAUCGAACCCGGCGGUAAAGUCGAUCGUGAUGGUAGACUCAGCGUUAAUGAUCGAAUUGUGGAAAUCAACGAUAGAAAUUUAAUAAACCAGUCUUUCAAUACAGUACAAGAAAUUUUUCGCGAUUCUCUUCGUUCACCCGAGUUACGAUUACGUGUAGUGAAACAUCAGUCGAAUGGUGGACGCGGGGUAAACGGUGUGGCGAAAAAGCAACCUCCUCCGCCCAUAUACCCGAAACCGUCGAUUAACCAUCCAAAACAUCCGUUAUAUAAUAAGGAAAAUAUCGCCGUCGUGGAAAGCGAAGAGAAAAGUAUUGGCAAUAGUUGCAAAGUGGCUACGGUAUCUCCAACCAAGAAAAUGCCGGUAGCUACUCCGACCAGUGGUAAUAUUUUAAUGGCUGUUAAUACGAGAAAAAUUGGAAGGAAAAUCGAGCUCGAACUGACCAAAGGAAUGCACGGGUUGGGAUUCAGUAUCACCACCAGAGAUAACCCGAUCGGAGGACAUUGUCCUAUUUAUAUUAAAAAUAUUCUACCAAAGGGUGCUGCCGUAGAAGACGGUCGAUUGCGAUGCGGUGACAGAUUAUUGUCUGUAAACGGAGUAGAUCUUACUGGUAAAACGCAAGCAGAUGCUGUGACUGAGUUACGUAACGUACCGAUGAACGGUAUAGUGAAAAUAGUCGUAUCUCGUCAAGAAGACAUCGCCAAUGGUAAAUCAUCAGAGCAGCAAGGAAUUAGCGAAGUAGACGCCGGAGGUGGUAGCGGCGGUGGCGGUGGCGGUGUCGGCAGCAGCGGCAUCAACGGACACAAUAAUAGUACUUCGAAGCAACGUGCCAUACAUUUAGAUACAUCUAGCAAACCGAACCCGAUGAUGCAUAAUGGAGUAGCAGCAAAUAGGAAAAAUAUCGUCGCCAAUGUAUCGCUGCAGCAUCAUCAGAAUAGACGUAACUCUUCUUCUAGUCUGUUAAACGAUUCGUCCAGCAAUGGGGAUUGUUACGGGCGAACGGCGGAUAACGACAAUACCGCACCUACCAGCACAGAUAAUUCUGGAAAUAGCGAACAAUCCGAUAAUACUGUUAUAUUUUUACCGCCUGCGUCCAAACUUCCUCAUUCUAAUAAACCUCUUCCUCCUGAUAUCAUGGCUUCGAGGAAUCCUGUCCUGGAUAGAUUGACUGGCCAGCUACCUAAUCAUAAUUCGUUAAGGAAUGAAAGUUAUUAUAGAGCUACUCAUCAAACUUCCAUGAUGAUGAUGGGUAAAGAUAAUGAUAAACUAACUAGUCCUACUGUUAAUCAAUCGCCCGGUGAUUUAGUAAUUAUUGAAGAAGAUCCUCCGUAUAGUCCCAGUAGUGAAAAUAGUGUCGAAGUACCUGUCUCAGCCAGUGGUCAGCAGAGAGGAUCUACCACCAGUACGCAGACUACCGAUGUUACUUACGCUAGCCAAUUAUCCUUAGACGAAGGCGGAGGUUUCUAUAGAGAUGCAUUCGGUCGACAAAGUAUGUCUGAAAAGAGGCACGCCACCUUGGAUGCUAAAAGUACCGAUACAUAUCAACGAAAUAAAAAACUGAGAGAAGAAAGGGAGAAGAUGAAAAAAGAGAAUAGAAGAUCAACCAUCGGUGUCGUUAAAGUGAAUUCCACCGAAAGUAUUCCUAGAUCAGAUCGUAACGAAAUGUUAGCCAAGAAUCAAUUAGGUCCCUCCUUAGGAAUGAAGAAGUCUUCCAGUUUAGAAUCUUUACAAACUAUGGUCCAAGAGAUUCAAAUGGCCGAAGAUGGUGUAUACAGAAGAACACAAAUUCCAGUCAAGGUGAUUAGAGGCAGAGGUUGUAAUGAAAGUUUUAGAGCGGCUGUUGAUAGAAGCUACGAAGCUCCUUCGCAUCAUGUUAUGGAACCUCUUCCAGAAGAUGAUGGAUGCAAUUUCCCUCCUAGGCAGUCUUCCUUGAAUUCGCAGCUCGAUUGUAAGUUAAUGAAACAGCAGCAAAAUGGCCAUAAAAAGAAAUCUAGCUUUUUGAGAGGAUUAGGCUCCAUGUUCAGAUUUGGCAGACAUAGGAAGCCGGCAGUGUUAGAAGAACGCGGUCCAUCUUCUCAUCUCGGCAUUAGCAGCAAGAGUGCCGAAGAUGAAGAAAAAGAACGCGCCAUCAAAGCAGCUCGAGACGAACAGCAACGUAUCCAAGAACAUUAUAAAUUGCUAAUCCAACGUCAAUUCGAUAUGCAACAGCAGCAGCAGCAACAACACCAGCAGCAACAUCAACAGCAACAGCUGCAGCAGCAACAACAGCACCAGCAAAAUAACGCGAUGACGUUAUCGAGAUCACAUACGAAUCCUACCCAAUAUAUUCAAGCCAAUAAUAUCAAUAUCAAUAAUAACUAUAUACCCAUGACGAACGGUAGAAUGCAACCACCACCACCGCAGCAGCAGCAACAACAGCAGCAACAUAGGGUGCCGCAGCAAUGCAACAAAUACGUAGAUCGUAGAAGUCUGUUUCCGCCUGAAACCAAAGAAGAAUUUUAUAACGGUGUUUUGAGACAGAGUAUUCGAAUUCCGGACAUGGAACCGACUUUCAAUUCGGCGAAUCGAGCUAGCGGAAGGUAUUCGCAAACGCAGGAAUCAAAUCGAUAUAGUCAUUAUGUUAAUUACGAAGAAAUACAACAACAUUUAAAUCGAAAACAGCAGCAUUAUCAUUCUCAGAGACGUGAUAAUAGAGAAUUAUCCCAUCGCCCAGUGUCGAAUUUCUACGAAUAUGAAAGUGUGCAAACGAUGAUGAAGAAUCAGGGAGCUUUAUCGAUACGACCUCAGUUUCUGGAUACGAACAUGAAUCCGAUGUCUGUCCGAAGCGAGUUUUUCCCUUCGUCUGUUUAUGGAUCGACGAGGAUCAGGAACUGCGAACAACGUUCGUAUCCAAUUUACCAAAACUCCAACGUACCCUACCCGAUACAAUUUUCACCUCCCCAAACGCAAUUCUUUUACCAUUCACCUCCUCUGUAUUCAAAUAUCCGUCCAUUACCCAAAACGCAAGGGCCGUACGUAACGCAGGUUACAAUAAGGGACAAUCAUCAUCAUUAUACCAGUAACACAUUAGGGACCAAAGUUUAAUCUAUAAGGUUUUAAAGCUCAAACUUAAUUUUUAAAAUUAAGUUGUAAAUAAGCGUACUAUUUUUUUUACUAUUUUUUUUUCCUUUUGUAUUUUUAUGAUUAUUUCAUUACUACUUUUCCCCCUUGUGAUUAAUCUGUCUGUUUUAUCGAUUACGAACUAUAUAUUUUAAUUACGAUUUUAUCAUGAGAUGGAUCCCAAGAGGUGAUUAUUUUUUUAACUAUUUGAGAAUUUUUAAACUACUAUAUUUGAACCUUAAAUAGGUGCCAUUAUUUAUGAUUUACCAGUAUCCGGAAUACGUAUUAUUAUGGAAGGUAGGAAGGGGUGUCCAUGAGGUGUUUGAAGAUUGUACUAGUAUACGAGUAUGGUGCUGAUAUGUGUUACGUGUGUUUGUGUAUAGAAUAUUGAACUCGAGUGGGUAACUAUCAAAAUAAUUAUGUUUUUUCAUUUUUUUGAAUUUAUCGAAGAGUUUUUGGCAAUGGAGGAGUUUUUAAUCAUGCGAAUUGAAUUGAUCGAAAUAUAGUAUAAGCUGAGUAUAUAAAUACCUGGAGUAUUUAAAUCGUUAAAAAGAAAAAAAUCAAACGGUAUACGUACCGUGAUGCUAUUUAUUUUUCAUUUCGAUUAAAAGAACUGUACAAUUUAUAUUUUAUUUAAACGUUGACGUACAAAUAAAUAUAAAUGUAAUAUACUAUAAAGCGAAAAAAACUCGAUUGGAGAGGCGUGUGUACUCGUAUGUGUGUGAAUAAGCUUUUUUUUAAUCGUUAAUAAAAUGUUCGUGCUGUGAUUUAUGACUAUAUGGGUUAGACGACGAAUGUUGACUCAAGACAUUCCAUUUUAUUCAGUAUUAAAAAACUGAUACAUUCCUUUGACGAAAACACGAGAUCUCUGUUUGGUUUUUUCCCCAGUAUCUUUUUUGACGAACAAGGUAGCAUCACAAAUUUAACGUUGCUCAAUUACUGUUCUCUUCUUUGUUUGUUUCUUUACGUUCUUCUAUUUCUUUUUACUUUUUUUUUUUUUUUUUUUCAUUAGGGCUCUUCUUAUUACGGUAUACCAUAUCGUGUUAAUUAUAAAUAUGUUUGUUUUUUUUUUUUACAUGUUUAGCUAUAUAUCUAGUAUAUAUGUUAAGUUUAUCGUACCCGUAUUUAUUUCGACGACAAAUAAAAAAAAACAGUAUUUUUUCUUCUUUUUGUAUAUUGUACUGUACCUACGAUUUUUAAAAAAAUUUUAAUAAAUCAUCAACGUUUA